GUUUAUAAGUUAAAUUUACGUCCGCAGAUAUAUAUUAAUCAAUUGAUAAGUACUAUUUAUAAAUAAAACAACACACAUGGCUGGACAACAACAUCCUUUUCUAUCUGGGUUUCCCAAUGUGCAGCAGUCAGCUAUGCGCACACAGUUUGGUGGCGGACAAAUGGUUUCUGGUUUGAUGGGACCACAGCAAGGGAAUAUGGUGAGCUCUCAACAAUUUGGCAUGGGAGUUGGAGUUGGAGUAGGUGUUGGUAAUGUUGGGUCUAAUGCCAUGGGAAUGCCCAAUUCCCAACAAGUUUUGGCACAACAGCAACAACAACAACAGACCAUGGCGAUGCAACAACAAAUGCAACAGAUGCAGCAGCAACAACUACAAUUGCAACAGCAGCAACAGGCUGCAAUGGUUCAACAGAAUAAUCAAACGAAUAAUCAAGCCACAACACCACAGACUCCAGUACCACCUACACAGCCACCACCACGACAACAGCAGACCAAGGAAUUCAAUACUGCUAGUUUAUGUAGAUUUGGACAAGAAUCUGUACAAGAAAUCGUCAGUCGUACUUUAGAGCUCUUUCAAACUCUCAAAGUCCUUCAACCGCCCAAUGGUACUGCACAAGGAGCGAAUAUGGCGAAUGAAAAAAAGAAAAAGGUCUAUGAACAAUUGGAAAUGAUCAAAAUAAUGUUUAAACGUCUGAGACUAAUAUAUGAAAAAUGUAACGAGAAUUGUCAACUGCAAGGAAUGGAAUAUACGCAUAUAGAAAGUUUAAUUCCAUUGAAAGAGGAAUGGGAUAUGAAAUCUGAUGAGAAAAAGACUUCGGAAGCUUACAGACUUAGUUGUGAGGAGAGGAAGGAAAUUAUGGAGCAAGUAAUAUUAAAGAAUAGGCACAUUAAAGAAAUAAUCGACCACCUAAGACGCAUUAUUUCGGAAAUAAACACGAUGUUAAACAUGCGUCGAUCUUAGAUUCUACGAUUCUACGAGACAUAAUAUCUCAUGGCGGAAUCAACAUGAAGAUCGCGUGCGCAUCGAAGAGAACAUUGACAUAUUAUUUAAAUUCUCACAAAAUAUUAUCAAAAUCGACAGUUAUACAUAAAAUAAGACUAUCUAGCAGUGAGUAAAGUUUAACAUAAGUCCGCUGUUACGUCAAUAUUAUAAAUAUUGGAACAAUAUAAAAAAGUGAAAGC